AUGUCUAUAACAACUUGCCAGAAGGUUACUCUUAUAUCAUGCUCUGUUCUCUGUGUUUCUCUUUUCCUACCUAGAAUGUUUUUACCCAGAGGAAAAAAGGAGAUGGAGCAGCCGGAGGUUGGACCCGGGUUCUACCCUCCCAUGAUGCAUCAGCUGUCGUCGCCAGAGGACUCAGAACGGUGGGGUGUGGACACUUCAUACUCCAUGACACACAGUGCAGAGGCAAUGGCAAAAGUAAAAGGCAUUGGACGACGCAAAAAAUACAACCUGAUGGCUCAAGUGAUACCCAUUUAUGGCUUUGGGAUCCUUCUUUACAUCCUCUAUAUAAUCUACAAGCUGACAUGUAAGGGGAAGACUACUAAAACAGUUACCUACACUACAAUAACCAAGGCAAACAUGGAGAAUAAGAUUACAACAGAUGAUGAGUUUGCCAGGCUUCAGGAGAGACUAGUGCAAACAGAAAAGAUGUUGGAGAGGAUUGUUUCGGUAAAGGGCCAUGGUUCUGGGAGUGGCAGAAGGAGGAAGAGUAGAAGUACAACAUCAAAGAAGGAGGAGAAAUUACUCAGACAACUUCGACAGAUCACGCAGCUGAUGCAAGAAGGCCGCAUGGAGGGAGCCUCCCCAGAGAUGGAGGCUGAGGAGGUCCCCUACGGUGCAGACUGGGAAGGCUACCCAGAGGAGACCUACCCAGAAUAUGAUGAUCCCUAUAAUGUACGUGGAUUUGACACCGUAACGCUGGUGGAACUCUGCAACCAGCCCACUGCUGAGGCCCUGGCAGAGAGGAUGGAGCAGGAGGAGGAAGAGGUCAUGGCAAGAAAGCUAUCCAUAGUGCAAGAGGAAGAUGAAGAGGAAGAAGAAGAGGAAGAGGAGGAGGAGGAGGAGGAGGAGGAGGAGGAGGAGGAAGACGGAGAGGAAGAGGAGGAAGAAAAUGACGAUGAAGAGGAAGAAGUGGAGGAAGCAGAGGACGACAUAGAGGAUGAGGAGGAGGAGGAGGCAGAGAAAAGGCAGUUGCUCAGUCCCAGUUUAUUCCAGCCUGCUGCAGAGAGAAAGCAGGAAAGACUUGGUUUGGAGGUGAGCAAAGAGCUACAGUGUCACAAUGGAGGGAAGAAGCAAAUAAGCUUCAGUGACCACAAAGACGUGUUCCACUACCCUAAAGAUGAUACUUAUGAGGAAGAGGAAGAGGAGAAGGAAGAUGAGGUGGAGGAAGCGGACGAGGGGACAGAGGUAGAAGAGGAGGAGGAAGCUGAUGAAGAUGAUCCAGUGAUGGAGGCAGAAAGCCUGCAGUUCAGUUGUGAAGGUUGCUCGAACCCAGAGGAAGAAGCAGAGGAGGAUAAAGAAGAGUAUUUGUUAAUGUCAGUGCCAGUGGAGGGUGAGGGUCAUAUACACGAAGAAAUGCCUAAAGAAGUCGGGGUGAGUGGGCUGAGGAUGCGGAACAGGAGAGAGACGUGA